CGCCUCACUUCCUCUCGCCCGGAGAGCGCUCCGCGACGCGCUUCACUAAAACCCAACCCGCGCUGCGCACGCUCCACUUUUGAUUUCUUUUAUAUUUAUUACUCCCGUCGUUAGUGAGCGAGUUUACAAACUUUUUUUUCCCUUCUUCAUAGCAAACGUCCCUUCUUCUUAUUCUCCUUUACUCGGCGACGUCCUCUGCCCGUGGCCGUCCUAAAUAAUCUUCUUUGUUGUUUCUUUCCAACUCAACUUUGUUGGGUUGUCGAGGGGGGUGGUGUUGUGUGUUGUGUGUGGUGUUGCGUGUGUGUUGUGUUGCGUGUGUGUUGUGUGCGCGCGCCUCUCGGCCGCUGUAACACUGUAUUCACCCAUCGCACCAAUUAACUAAUCGCCUUCCACGUACUAUUCAUUAUUCGUAGCAGUAAUCAGCAGCAGUAAUCAGCGGCGGCGGCGGCGGCAGGGCAAGGCUCGAAGCCGACGGGAGUAAUCGAGGCAGGGCCCCCGUGGGUCUAACUCGUUCACAUGCACGGACCAUGUGAGAGCUCCAUCAGCAGAUGGUGCCCAGAGCGGAGACUCGUAAACCAUGAACGAGGAGUGCAGUGCAGACGAUGAAAACUACAUCGUUCGCGUGCGCGCUGUCGUGAUGACGCGGGACGACUCGACGGGUGGCUGGGUGCCCCUGGCUGGCGGAGGCAUCAGCCGAGUGGGCAUCUACAAAGUGCUUCACCAUGAAGAGACCGGGCGCAAUGAGUUCCUCAUCCUGGGAGAACGUCUCAAGGAUAAGCUGGUCGUGCUGGAAUGUGUCCUGAAGAAGGAUGUGGUGUACAACAAGGUAACGCCAAUCUUCCACCACUGGAAGAUUGACGAGCAGAAGUUUGGCCUGACCUUCCAGAGCCCGGCGGAUGCUCGCGCUUUUGACCGCGGAGUGCGCAAGGCCAUUGAGGACCUCAGCGAAGCAGGGUCCACAACGUCAUCUUCCACGUUGCAAAAUGAAUCUGAAGUUGGGGAUGACGAUGUCUUCACCACGGCGACCGACAGCUCCUCGGCAUCCAGUCGCAGGGAGCCACCACCGCCGAGGCCUGUUGAGCCGUGCCGGGGCCGCUGUCUGGUGCGGCCUGCGCACGAGGACUACCGCCACAUGGUGCAGCUGCCUUCGGAGCGCGUUGUACAGAAGGUAGUCAGCUUCAACGAGAGUGACCUCAUCGAGAGGAUCAAUCCCCUGGAGGAGCGCUGGUUGCGGAGCGGCUACGAGGACUACCGCCACACCGCCGUGUGCCGCCGCGAUCUCGACGCCGACGCCGGCGCCGGCUCCUACGUCACCUUUGACAAGUCGCCCUCCGCCGCCGCCGCCGCCGACCACCACCACCACCACCACCACAAGAAGCACGAGUACACGUACCCCUACGUCGACGCUUACCGCCUCGAGAACAAGCUGCGGGUGGUGCGCAGCCAGCCACGGCGGGGCCACCGCUGGGACCCGGGGGAGCCGAGUGGCGAGCGAGCUCGCUGCAUCUACUGCGGCGAGCUCUUCGACCCGUCGCGGCCGGGACGGGCGCGCCGCUGCGCCGACGCGCCCGACCGCGCCCGCGUUUGCGUGGAGCGUGCCAGCUGCCUGUGGCUGGCCGAGACGGUGCUCUACCACUGCAUGUCGGACCCGGAGGGGGACUUCUCGGACCCGUGCUCGUGCGACGGAGAUGGCGAUGGGCGUGUCUGCCAGCGCUGGUUUGUGCUGGCCGGCCUGUCCCUGCUCGCGCCCUGUAUGUGCUGCUACCUGCCGCUGAGGGGCUGCUACAGUUGCGGGGUGGCAUGUGGUUGCUGUGGAGGCAAGCACAGGGCAGUGAUUUAAUAGAGCGGCUCGGGGAGAGAGAGAGAGACAAACGUUUUUUUUUUUUUUGCGGAAUGUCCGGCUCCACCUUCUGCAAAGCCCUUGGGGGAAUUAAAUCGGGAUGAAUAAAAAAAAACUACCCGUGUGGAUUGAAACUACGGACUAGGCCUCUCGACCCCAACUUUAACUGGACCUGUAUGUGUGAACAAACGUCGCCUUAGUCGUUAUCGCGAAGUGCCACGUCACAUGGCAGAAGAUGAAAGGGACAUUUGAUUGGGUUUACAAAUCAUUAAUUUAGACUUGUCGCUGAUUUAAAAAAAACUCAACCAGUUUUUCCCAAUUAGCGGGUGCAACAUUCUAACAUCAGACACUUGUAUGAACCGAGUUUGAUUUGAAUCGUUAUGAUGAAGAAAGCAAAAUCUUGUGGCCUUUUUAAUGUUGAUGUGUGCUUGAAAUUGUGAGAUAAUCAAUCCUGGUAGUACUAUAAUAUUGGAACAGUGUACUGCACUUUAUGUCCUUAAUGGCAAUGUUCAACACGUCAACCGGUUGUUCUUGACCUUAAAAAUAAAACAGUAUUAAAAUUACAAUUGUCCUUAUAAAAACCAUUGAGAAUUUAAGUACAUUAUUGUUUCUAUCAUUGUCAAAGCUGGGCAUCUUUAAACUAAAUUACGUAAUUUUUCAUUAAGGUUGUAUCUUGACACUGUAAAUCUAAUUGUUGAUGCUUGAUGACUUUGUAAUAUCUUGAUGUUGAGAAAAACAACUAAAGAUGCUAUUUAAAGGCAAGUUGCACAUCAAGUAUUACGUGCGUGUUGCUCAGAACAAACAUGAAUAGUAAUUUCUAUUAGGACUAAUAUCACGUAAUUAAAAUUGAUUGAGUUUUUAUAACCUUAAAGAAAGUUACGGGAACUGAUUUUGUUUCUCUGUUCACCUUUCAUUGUGGGGAAGAGUUAAAACCCAACACUAAUCAGCGUAUUAAGCGUCAAGCACCAUACAUGCCAUGACGCGUCAUCCACCGAUGAAUGUUGCGGAAGGCGGCACACAACUAUGGUUUCAACAUUUGGCUUUUUUGAGGUGCUCAGACGUGAACCUGGCGAUGCCCGUUUUGAGGCUGUGCGCAUGCCACAGCAGUCCACGGUCGAGCAGCCGUGGGUGGUGGUGUGGUGGCAUAGAAUGAGGCCGUGGUGCCGCGCUUCAAGUGGUGCUUUGUUCAAAGUCCGUCCCAGAAAGAAAAACAUGGCUUGUUUACAAAAGUGCGUACAGCUAGGGUUUCCACUUUUGUUAUUUAAACACUCAAAGUUUGACUUGAACGACACCAACAAAAACAAUAUCACUUAAUGUGUUUCUAAAAAAAAAAUCCUUUUUUUACAUAGUUGCCAUAAAAGCAUAAGCAAGAAAAAGUCCAAUAGUUUCCAUAGAAAUUAGAGGUAUUAAUAAAAUGUAUGAUAUAUUUUUAGUUGCGCUGGCAUAUGUAACUUAUACAACACUUUAACUUCGAUGAAGUGCCAUUCCCUGCAUUCUGAGGUUCAUGUUUUCUUUUAUAUAAUUAUUGGCAAAAUAAAUUACAAUUGCCAUUAGUCGUAAGUAUUGUUAACUCAUAACCUCCUCGUACACCAAGCACAGCUGUCUGUUGCGGUUUAUUCCACUUGAUAUGUGUACGCAUGAAACUGAAUGCCUUUGUUCAGGUGUGAACGCCUUUGUUCAUCUGUGCUGUGUGAGUUAAUGAAUAUGAUUUUGCAUGUAAUGAAGCUGUACAUUCUUUUUUUCAGGGACUGUAAAUACGAUUAUUACUUUGGUUUUAUUUUUCUAUACACAAACUGUCUUAUAAAUCUAGUAGCAGCUGGACUACAUUUAAGUCUUUUGUUGUUAAUGAAUAUGCUUUUGUUAAUCCUGCAAACACUUAAUAUCAUUUUUAUUGCUGUACAUUAUAAUAGUGUUUCAUAUUCCACAUUGUUUUGUUACAUAUGGAAACUGGUAUGUAUAUUAAAGACUUAGGUUAAGGUCUGAAAACAUUUAUAAUGCCACAUUUUUUGCUUUGUUGAUUAUAUAUUUACGUGUAUGCUUUUGUAGUUGUACAUUGGAAUAUUAAUAAGUAAUUAAUAUUAUUCUAUUAUUCCCAGUGAUCCUACGGGUUUUUUGAAAAUGGAUAUUCCAAUCAGUGGCAUCAAAGGCCUUGUACACACGUUUGUUUAUAUUUAACCAUUAUUAUUUUUACCAACUUGUAUGCAACACGUUUAUUUUCAAAGGGUUUACUGAAAACUUCAUGUCCAUACUGUGGGUGACUUUAUUCGUAACAUGAUUUUAUAAAAUUGACAAUCUACGAGUGUCGGCUAUGGUUAAAAAUGUGUUGAUGCCAUCUACCCAACGUGAGGCAAAACCAUAAUUAAAAAAAAUAAAACUGAACUACUAUAAGGCAGAUGUUUUCAGUAGCAGCUCGACGUGUGUGCACAGGUGGAUUGAGCGGCCUUAAUAUGCUUAGAAAAUGUUUAAAAGCAUUUACGUGUGUACGAUGCCAGAUUAAUCCUGAAUGGCUUCUGUUUAUAAGCAAUGUCAUACUAGGGUUGUUUUAUUUAAAUCCAUUCCAUCAUACAAAAAUCAAGUAAUGCAAGUAAAAUGUUUUGGUUAUUAUAACCACUUAUUUAACUACCUUAUUUGUUUAUGUAUAUGGUUUAUUUCACAGUGGUACAAUUUGCAUUUCAUUGCAUUGGAUGCAGGCUCAUAAUAUUGUAACUGCUUGAAUUCACUCCAAUUUGGCAGCUUGUGAAAUACUCGGUGGGCGUGCAGCCAUGCACGUGUGCAUGUCUGCUAAGGCGUUAUCUCUCCGUUCAACUGCUUGGCUUUCGGCGAUGUGGCUAAACGGUGCCCCGCAAGAACUGGGCAUGAGUCUUUAGCAAGCGCUCACCAAUGACUUUCAAGCCACUUUUGUGCUUUGCUAUAUUCUGCAGCCAAAAUUUUUGCGUGCAGGUGCGGUCAAAAUGAGGAACUUCAUCGGGUUACUAAUUUAGUAGAAUGCAUGCUUUUCUGUUAUUUACUCGCAGCUAAAAUCUCUUUCAAACUGACCAAUACCAUACUUGAAUGCGAGCCGAGUCGCCUUUUUGGAAUUGGACAGAGGCAUUGGUGUCUUAUUUUCCAAGUUUCUUCGGUUUAAUGGCUAUGGUUCGAGCAAGAUGUUGAAGCUUUGGCAAAGUUCACAGUCUGGCCACCAGCUUUGGGAUGUUAUUACCAGUCGGAAGUUCAAUGCACGGGGUGGGUGAUACCAUUAACGCCUUAUUAAAUGUUGAAUAAAUAAAACGGAAUAGUACACUAACUUUUUAAAUGUUUUGACACGUGUCAUUUUAUGCUUUCUCCAAAAGAGUUGCUGUCCAUUGGGUGGGCCUAGUUGUGAUUUUACCGAAAGUUAAGGUGUGCUCGGCUGCCACGUUGGAGUGAAUGUUAGGAACAGAGCAUUUGGUUCUCAGUAUACCUCGACACCAUAUUGGUACGCAUUUUGUAGUGUUAUUGUUCUGCAUCAUUGCAUACAUUAACAUAUGCAAAGAAAACCCACUACUUUUGGCUUUUUAUUUCCUAUUAAGAUUCAUGAGAUAAAAAUCAUAAACUUGCUGAACUUUACUCUUUGCAAUAUUGGUUAGGUGAGAUUAAUUUUUUAAAAUAAAUAAAUUAAAACCGACAUGAAUUGAUGUAAAUGCAUACAAAACAAAGCCUUACAUUUUUGGGUUAAUGUCUGUCGAUCAUCUGCUUUGAGAUGGUUAGGUGGCUUGUCAAUGAGACUUUGAUAAUUUGUCAAUAUUCAAGAAAGCAUUUGACUUUGUAUGCAGCUCUCGUAUCCAAAGUUGUUUUCACCAUUUUCCAAAUUUAACCCGUUCGAAAUGCCCGAAAUUCUCUUGAACUCGAAGCAUAUCUUUUUUUUAGUUGUACUAAAAUAUAUUGCAGUGAGUACUGUACGCCAAAACAAAACAUUUCAUUCAGAGGAAUUCAAUGUUUGCGGAUAUUUUCUCUGGCAUUUUGUUUAACUGGUCUGAUCUAAUGUGAUGUCGGAAACAUUUUAAAGAGGCAAAGCGGUUGAAUAUUAUAUUCUUGGUUCUUUCGGUAAAGUCACGUAGAAGGGAAACAAUAAAAUAAGAAAAAUAUGAAUAUUGUUUUUGUGAAAAUUUUAAUUAUUUUACUUUGGUAAACUGAACAACAGUGGCCUCUAACAUUUUUUUAUUUAAAUUGUUCUCGCUCUAGUUUCUUCCAGCCAUUGCUACUUAGGGAUUGGAUUUAUUGGCUUUAACUGACGAUUUCUCUUUGCCAAAAUGUAGUGUUUCUAAGUACUCUUGUUAUUUGGUUCGGUCUAAAGCGAGGUGACCACUGUGUCAGUGGCAGACAUCGUUUAUGCCAUUACCAUGAUUUUGUAAAACAAACUAUUUUACGUGUAAUAAAAGCAACAAAAAAUUACUUUAGAGCAUGGAAAUGUUAAUGUCAACACCUGUAAACAAUUGUUGAAUUUGGCCAAUCGCACUUGGUGUUAGGGAGUUAAAGGGAAAAAAAUCCGAACACUUUGCAAAAUGAAAAAUGUUCCUGAAUAAUGGUACACUAUAAAGUUUUUGAUACCGCUGCAUAUUAAGCACAGGAGAGUUCAUUCUAUAUGAAUCCGUACAUUUUUGUCGAUAUGAAGGUACACUUGUCCUGUUUAUUUGCAUUUGUAACAUUAUUUCCGAGUCAUGUAAUUGGCUAUAUUUUAAGAAAAUAUAUUUACUUGAACACAGUUUUGAUUUAAUGUUAAGGUUUUUCAUUGUAAACUCAAGUAUACUUUUUUAUGUUUGGUCGUGCUUGUUCCACUAUUCCUAAAUGACAUUCUGAUUUACCUUUGCAUUUCUUGUAGCUAUGGUAUAUGACUUUAAUUUUAAAAGUACGGUAUAGUAAAGCACUUUUAUCUGUAGCAUUAAGUUAAUUAUUUUCUAUGCUACACUAUAUUAAGCUCACAGAACAUGCUCUGCAGAUAGAAAGGUGCUGAUAUGUAAAUGCAUUUGCUUGCCAUAUAGGCAGCAUUUCAUUGAAAGAAAUAAUAUUCUUUCAUGUCACAGGUUGAGUCAUUGUGAAUUGUGUACAUUUUCGUCCAUAAAUACGUGUUACUGUCUAGUAUAAAUGCCUUGCUGUCAGUGCCAUUGCUAAAAUAAAUGAAUAAUUAGUAUUUGAGUUGCCUAAUACUACAUAUUACAAGUCGGCCAUCAACAGCCAUGGUCAAGCCACUGCUGGAUGAAGGCCUUCCCAAGUCAUUGCCGUCUUUCAUGUUCUUGUGAUGCUAUUUUCUUGCUUUUGCACGAGCGCUAAUGUCAUCGAUUCAUCUCUGUUGCUCAUCUUCCUGGGUGUGACCUCUUUUGGCUGUCAUUCCACCACCAGUCUCCUCUUAGCCAUCAUUCCUUCUAACGAUGUGUGCUACCCAAGAUCACGUUUCUUACCAGUCAGUGUCUUAAAUUACAUAUAUUCUGUGAUUAAAUGUUUUCCUCAUUCUGUGUUUUUUUAUUCCCAGCAUGCAUUCUCCAUGCAUUUUUGUAUACAUUUUAGUUUCAUCUACUUUGUCAGUUUCCAAUUUUCCAAUCUGUGUCAUAUCGGGCAAUAUCAACCGAUUGAAAAUGCUCCUUUUUAGGCACAUUGCUGUAUUGAUUUUCAUUAUUAAAUUCAGUUUAACCUG